AUGGCUUCGACACGCCACCAAUCUAUCUCGGAUAGCCAUCCACCACCACCGCCCUCUGAUCGUGAAGGCAAAGCCAAGCAGCCUGCCUCGCUCCAACCGUCGCCUAUGCCGUUAAACCCAAUUCCAAACCUGCACACCGCCGCCGCCGGAGACUGUAUUCUGAAUCCAUCGUCAGGCGCCGCUCAUGGAGCGUCGCCCGUCAAAGGAACUCAUCGACCUAAAUCCUCGGGCGCAGGGCAAGCGCGACUAAGCGCCGUGUCUCUCACCGCACCUGUGCCGCCUAUUUUUCCCACCGACUCGCCCAUCAAGAGACCGACCUAUGGACAUUCUCACCAAAGAAGCCCUUCGCUACCCUUGCAAGCUGCUUUCACCACCUUUCCAAGCGCUCCAUCUUCAUUUCAACCACGAUUCAACACUAUCAUGAACAACGAUGGUUUCGCCGAUUUUCCCGACCCAACGUACCAAGUCAAGUCGCUUAAAAGAACCUUCAUGGAAACGGUCCCUGGAAAAGAUCGUUCAUCCAAGAAACAGAAACGGGAAGAAUCCGUUGUCUGCUCACUUCCAGACCCUGAAGAUAUGCCACCAGUCGAAGACGAUGGCUCGAAACCGCCAUGCAGCUACGCAACAUUGAUUGGCAUGGCAAUUUUACGUGCCCCCGGCCGCAAAUUGACUCUAGCUCAAAUAUACAAGUGGAUUUCCGACACCUUUGCGUUUUAUCGCUCCGGGGACUCGGGUUGGCAAAACAGUAUUCGUCAUAAUUUGAGUCUCAACAAAGCCUUUAUUAAACAAGAACGUCCCAAGGACGACCCUGGCAAAGGAAACUACUGGGCCAUUGAGCCAGGCAUGGAAGGCCAAUUUCUGAAAGAUAGGCCUGUUCGCCGAGCAACCCUAGCUAGUAUUCCUCUACCCCCGAUUCUUCAAAGGGAAGGGCCAGUAUUCGGUCCUGCCAUCGGUACAGCAACUUGGCGGGUUCCUCCCAACCCUUCUUCGUCUGUUCAGGUGCCAGAGAUUUCCAAGGCAGACGAUCUGUCUUCAGAUGCAACGAUACCAGCCUCGGAUCCUGCCCUCCAAGAUGACGUGAACGACGACGAUACGCGUGCCAUGCCAUCUCAUUCGAAUGCACCCCGUUCUUCACCUCCACAGGUCAUUCAUUCAUCUCCUCCCCUUGCUCCAUCUCGGUUCCUGCGACAAGGAACACCGCCAACCCCCUCACAUUCCACUUUAGCCGCCGCCGUUCCUCGCUCGCGCAAACACGCCUCUACUGCUGCUGUAAAUGACAGUGGCUACUACUCAUCCAUUGAAUCAUCAGCAAUGAGAUCCAAUAAAGCUGGUCACAUAUUGACGUCUGAUUUGGACAUUGAGCCCCCACGCAUCAAGCGCGGCCGUGCUGAAGAGGAAAUUGCUCGGAUCCGUAGCUCCUCUCAUGACAUCAGCCCAAGCCAUCCGAAAAUCCUCAAAAAGGAAUCCGUAUCAAUGGCCGGUUCUUCACCUUUCCGUGACAAUUAUGUCAGUUUUCUGGCUCCGCCUUUAACACCAGCCAUCAAAUUCAAGAAGCCCCUUAAACCACCCCCAUCCCUGUCUCCGAAUACCAACCUCCGAAACCACCGUCGCAAGAUUCAGCAGAUGGUGAACUCUCCGAUCAAGCAUCUGGACCUGUCCAAUGUUGAUUUCCCAUUGAGUCCAAACUUUAACAUACACGACGACGCGGCAACUCCCAGCAAUAGCCUUCAACUCCAUUUCGAUAUCUUCGCCGACUCCACGGCCGAUAUUACUUCCACCCCCAUCUUCAGAUCCCCAGAUAAGCGUCUUCUCAAGUCCGGCUUGGAAGAUACAAAUGCCUUUGUGGGGUCUCCCCUAGCCGACAUCACAUCCAACAGUGCAAACAAACGACUGAGUCGUGGACUCGAUAGCACUGGAAAGGGCUUGAGUUUUCAAGACUCGCCUUCCAAGAUCCCUCAAUCGGCACGUCUCUCUGACGCGUCGAAUGAUGACUUUUUCUCCUUUAGUCUUUUUGACGGUAGCCCGGAGGAAGUAGAUGGGAUCGACCUUCUCCAAGGGUUCAAAAAAAUCGGUGGAAGUAGCAAAGAGUCUGGUGUAAGACCAACUUUCAAUCAUCGAAAUCACACGUCGUUUUUUUAA